UAGACAUGGCCCAUGGACAUGGACAUGAACAUGAACAUGGACAUAGUAAAAUGGAACUUCCAGAUUAUAAACAGUGGAAGAUAGAAGGGACACCAUUAGAAACUGUCCAACAGAAGCUGGCUGCUCGAGGGCUAAGAGAUCCAUGGGGCCGCAAUGAAGCUUGGAGAUACAUGGGUGGCUUUGCAAACAAUGUUUCCUUUGUUGGAGCAUUAUUAAAAGGAUUCAAAUGGGGAUUUGCUGCAUUUGUCGUAGCUGUAGGGGCUGAAUAUUUCCUGAAGUCCCUGAAUAAAGAUAAGAAGCAUCACUGAAGAUAAUACCUGGAAGUAUCUUAGUGGUUUCUUAACUCUCUUAUAAAAAUAAGAUUUCUUCACUGUAGCCUACUUGUGUCUGUGUUUGUCCCUUAAAGAAUAUAAGUAAGAUUUAAUAAAGAAAAGCAUAUA